AGUGCUUUUGAUAUCCACAGUAGCAUGAGCAAAGCUGCAUGGUAUACUUGUUGGGGGCGCUGCCCUUUACGAUGUCAUCCUUGGGUCUACUUCGUACUAGCCAUAGUAUGUCUCGUAAUUGCCAUUGUGGCAAUUGUCUUCGCCAUCUUGUCUAAGACCUUAUUCGAAGCCCAAUUGAUCGAUGGUAUCGACAAAGCGCGUUUCAUUGACAACACAUUUCAGACGACAGACUGUUCCAAUAUGUUUGUUGGUGAUGCCACGUGCUCUGGUCUGGCCUAUCAGGCCUGGUUGGUCAACUCUUCCAAGGCCCGAGAUAUCUGUCUCAGCUCUAGCACUCCUGCAACUAAACCAUUGGCAUCGGCCUCUGGUUGGUGUGAUGCUAGCAAGGACGGUUGCUCCAAGCCCGAGGACUGCCUCAGGGGUAUGCCUCAUGACUUCUACGCUUUCAACGUUACCAACCCUGCAGAGGUCCUCAGGGAUGGCGCCAAGCCCAUUGUGCAAGAGCUACCUCCCAUACAUGCUGCUCAGACUCAAGAGCGUAUUGAGGCCUCGGUUGAUGUCGAUAAGUGGAACAAGGAAGGUAUAGCCCAUUGGAAUGAGACUAACACUUUCGUCUUUGCUGAUAAGGAUGAGACUGAUAGGUUGCAGCAGAAGGUCUUUGUCCCUCACGUAGCUUUGCUAAGUACAGUCACUCAAAGUGGGCAGGAGGUGAAUACCAUGGAAGUUCUCCAGAUGCUGGGUUUAUGCGGUACAUAUCAACGAUUGACGAAUCUGGUCAUUACUCUGGUCAAGACUGCUCCCGUAGUUGAGGGCAUAAUCAACAACACUUUUGGGAAUACGAGGAACGCGAUGCGUGCUCAGUAUUUCGAUGCCGGUUUGACGAGGUUGUUGGGGAAUCAAGAAAUAGAUGUGGAGGCCAUUGGACCUCAGCUGAAGAGUAUCGUACCGACGUUGGACCUGUCGAUGCUCCCACCAGCUACCAUGGCUAUCGACUACUUUGCUUAUGCGUUUGGUUGCGUCACCAAGCAAGACGCCAAUCAUAGCUGCAAGUUCAACCCUGACAGUGGCGCAGAUGUUGACCUUGAGAAGGAAAUCCUCGCUACUUUCUCGGAGGACGCUAAGACGAGGAUAUUCAAUUAUAUCAUGGACACUGACUUCACGGAUAACAACAGUGCUGUGCUCCAGUUGCUACUCCUGUUGAAAGGGUUCCUAACGCCACCCGAGGCGGCUGCUUGGAGCGCUCAUUUGAACUAUGCUGGCUCCUAUGGUCUGUCCAACUACGACACUAUGAGGUUCUCUCUCUUCCCAUAUGCUAAUAAGAGCAGUUCAUUGUACGAUCCUGACUACGAGUUCUAUCCAAGGUUCAUCAGGAUGACGAUUGCACAAAUGGUAGGUUGGGACAACCAGGCGUUCCCAGACAGGUUUACGGGUCAGCCUAUUACUCUUGGUUUCGCCAGGCCGGUAACUAACGGUCCUCCUACCGAGCAGUACCGUAGUAGUAAGAUACCUGAUUGGAAGGGGUUGAGCUACUUCAAGAUGUAUAAUGGCCAGACUCAGAACUGUGCCUUCGACCGUGACUGCAUGGCGCAGGCUUCGUUUGCGCAAAAUGGCACGUGCGUGGCUAACGAUAUGUGUACACCUAACUACGCUGCUGGUUGGGACGCUAAGUUUGUCCCUGGUACGUUGAAUGGUAAGGGGACGGACGAAUUCCACCAGGUGAAUGCUGAAGCCCGGCUCUUCGUUGGCCAAAUAUUCUCAGCCGCGACCCUUAAGAACAUCGAGCCCGACUCUGACUGGAGAGGCAUUAAAAUUGACAGGUGGACUCUCAAAGAUAUCGAUUUUCGUGUGGAGAACUGUGAUGGUUCCGAGCCUGGAAACUCGGCCGGAAUCGAUUGCGAUUCCCCCCGUGGGACACUUAAUCUUGGGUAUUUUUCCUCUCCUACUCCCGCUACAGUUCGGGUACCGGUUUAUGCCUCUCUGCCACACUUCACGUUGAUUCCUGGAACCUCUUCCCGUGAUAACUAUCAUCCUGGCGAAAGGGUUUCUAUCGUAUCUUGUACUGGUGACUCUGACUGUCAGGGGACGAGAGAAUUCACAGUUGACAUUUUUACGGAGCCGUUGACUGGCGCUCUACUUAAUGGUCAGCAAAGACUGCAGCUGAACGUUGCCUUCCCCCCAACAGCUAAUGGUCAGACCGGCAACAUGACUGACGGGCUCCUCUUGCCGGCUUUCUGGUUGAAUAAACACCAGACGGCUUUUGGAUUCCAGAUUGACGCUGUUAAGACACUCCAGUCUGGCCCUACUCUUUUUAACAUUCUCUUUGGUAUCUUGCUCGCUGUGGGUAUAGUAUUACUUAUCGCUGCUGUCAUACUGGCAUUACUUGGCUGGCGAAGGAGGAAGAUACUUCGUGAGAUGUCUUUAGGAGUAGGCGGUGUGAAGCCGAGCGUUGAAGUUAUCAGUCGCCAAGCUCUUGGUAUCACCCUUGACAUCGUUGCGGAACAAUGA